AACAACAGCACCUUCCACUUUAUUCAGACAUCCUUCAGUCACUCUGUUCCCAUUGUGAGCUGGUGUUUCAAACCCAUCAUGCCAAGGUUCAAUCUCUCAAAACUCCGUUUGCCAAAUCCUGGUCUGGAAGAUAGAAUUCCAUCCUAUGAUGAACUCGAGAGGAGAGAAAUCGAAGAGGUGGAUGAUCGACCCAAAUGGGACAACAAAGCUCAGUAUUUGUUAACAUGUGUUGGUUUUUGCGUGGGAUUAGGAAAUGUGUGGCGAUUCCCCUAUCUCUGUCAAAGCCACGGAGGAGGCGCAUUCAUGAUUCCAUUCCUCAUUCUCUUGGUGUUGGAGGGCGUCCCACUGUUGCAUCUGGAGUUUGCGAUUGGACAGCGAUUGCGGAAAGGCAGUGUUGGGGUCUGGAGUUCUAUCCAUCCUUACCUUAAAGGAGUGGGUAUAGCAUCAAUGUUGGUUUCAUUCCUGGUGGGUUUAUAUUACAACAGCAUAAUUGCGUUGGUUAUGUGGUACAUCUUUAAUUCAUUUCAAGAGCCAUUACCUUGGAGCAAUUGCCCAAUGGCAGAAAACGGUACAGGAUAUGUGGAGGAAUGUGCCAGGAGCUCUUCAGUAGAUUAUUUUUGGUACAGAGAGUCAUUAAACAUUUCAACCAGCAUCAAUGAUUCAGGCACAAUCCAGUGGUGGCUACUACUCAGUCUCAUCUGUGCUUGGUCUGUCCUAUAUGUAUGCACAAUCAGAGGCAUUGAAACAACUGGCAAGGCUGUAUACAUUACUUCUACUAUGCCUUAUCUGAUACUUACAAUCUUCUUGAUACGGGGCCUAACGUUAAAAGGAUCUGUUGAUGGAAUAAAAUUUCUCUUUACACCAGAUGUGAAAGAGUUGUCAAAUCCAACCACCUGGUUGGAUGCUGGAGCCCAAGUAUUUUAUUCUUUCUCCUUGGCUUUCGGUGGACUUAUAUCCUUCUCCAGUUAUAAUUCUGUUCACAACAACUGCGAGCAGGAUGCUGUGCUUAUCUCCAUCAUCAAUGGUUUCACAUCCGUAUAUGCAGCCACAGUAAUAUAUUCCAUUAUUGGCUUCCGAGCAACAGAGCAAUUUGAUGCCUGUUUUGAUAAAAAUAUCCUGAGUUUGACCAAUGCUUUUGAUCUACCAGAGCAAAAUCUGACCCAAACAAACUAUGAAGAAAUGCUUCACUUCUUAAACAGCACUAAUCCAGCAAAGGUCGCCUCUUUGGGCUUGAAAACCUGUGACCUGCAGGCAUUGCUGAGCCAGGGGGUCGAAGGCACCGGAUUGGCCUUUAUCGUCUUUACAGAAGCAAUUACUAAAAUGCCUGCCUCUUUUAUAUGGGCCAUUGCAUUCUUUCUGAUGUUAUUCUGUCUCGGACUUUCUUCAAUGUUUGGGAAUAUAGAAGGUGUUUUGGUUCCACUGGAAGAUUUAAAAAUCUUGCCAAAAAAGUGGCCCAAGGAACUAGUAACUGGCCUGAUUUGUCUGGUGUGCUUUCUAAUUGCCUUCAUCUUUAUCUUAAACUCUGGCAAUUAUUGGUUGGCUUUGUUUGAUGCCUAUGCUGGCUCCAUCCCUCUGCUAAUUAUCGCAUUCUGUGAAAUGGUGGGUGUUGUCUACAUUUACGGCAUUGACAGGUUCAACAACGAUAUUGAAUGGAUGAUUGGCCACAAGCCAAAUAUCUUCUGGCAAGUCACCUGGAGAUUUAUAAGCCCCCUCAUAAUGCUGGUUAUAUUCAUAUUUUAUUUUGUAAUAAAAGUGACUAGCAAGCUGACAUACAUUGUCUGGGAUCCAGAAUACGAAAAUUUCCCCCAGCUUUCUGUGGAGCAUUAUCCUGGUUGGGUGACCGUGAUCAUCGUAAUUCUGGCUGGAGUGCCUAGCUUAUGCAUACCUGGUGCAGCUAUCUACAUGUUCAUUAAAAACAAGUGCGGGAAGAAGGAUGACAAGAAAACUUUGGUCUAUACAAUACCCGAAACCCAAGAGAAAGGAAUAGUGAAUAACGGAAUAUAACCGAACUCGGCAGGUCACCAUGGCAAUUUGCACCACUCAUUCUGGGCCAAUUUGCAAUUCAAACAAACUAAGAACGUGAUGAUGCUGGAAUGUCUAAACUUUAUCUUAUUUUUUAUUUUGAUGAACAUUGGUUUGUUGUUUAGGUUUGGCAAUGAUGAAGUGGUUAGAUUACUUCAGACUGUCAACUCAGAAGCUAAACUACUGCACCUGUCCUGAGUUCCAACUUGAAAUCCCACCACAUCAGUGAUGAAAUUUCAAUUUGCUUUAUAAUCUGGAAUUAUAAAUCAUUAGUAGUGAUGAUCACUAACCAAUCAGACUGUCAUAAAAACUUACAAUCCUUGCUUCACAACUAUUCUUUAGGAAGGAAAUCUUCCAGUUCUUACCAGGUUUUACCAGUACAGUAAGUCUGCAUUAACCAAAUGUAUGACUGACUUAUGACAGAAGUGGCCAACAUUCAAAUCAAAUACAUUCUAGGAUGCAAAACAUCGAAGUCUGAAAACAAUGAAUAAAUAAUAAAAGGAGGCAGAUUACUUACACAUAAUUGAAAUAACCUUCAUUGUUCAUGCAUAGCUUAAAGGGGAAUUACGUCAGGUUGAAGUUAAAUAUGCCAUUACAGUGGUGCAGUUGUUAGCGUAACAUUAUUACAGCACCAGCGACCCAGGUUCAAUUCCCACUGGUCUCUGUAAGGAGUUUGUGUGUUCUCCCUGUGACUGCAUGGGUUUCCUUUUGGUGCUCUACUUUGCUCCCACAUUCCAAAAAUAUACCGCUUGGGAUGUUAAUUGGUCACAUGGGUGUAAUUGGUCUGUGUGGGCUGGUUGGGCUGGAAGGGCCUGUUACUGUGCUGUAUCCCUAAAUGAAAUAAAAUAACUAAAUAUUG